AUGUCUACCGAGAUAGCAUAUGCAUCAGGCAUCCAUACUCUUCCAGUUGAAUUACUAGCAGAAAUCGCCAAAUAUACCGAGUCUCUUGGUCUAUGCGCUCUUCGGCUCACCUGCCGAGCAAUGUAUCAGAGCAGCCUUCACCACUUUGCACAAACUUUUGUCCGCACAUUAAAGACCGAUCUCUCACCACACUCACUUGUCCGCGUCGAGGAAGCAGCCAAAGAUGAGAUUUUUGGCCCCUAUGUCCGCAAGUUGAAGAUCGGCAGGAAUUCAAACUGUUGCCCGGGACCAUGCAUCCCAGAUACCACAUCAAAAGAAGCAUAUAUUCAAUCAUGGCGCGAUGUGAUGAAACGCCUGGUGAACUGUCGAUCUUUCGAGUUGCAGUAUUCAACCUAUACAACGCCGCAUCCCGACGGCGACGGCAUCGUGCUUGACGAGGCGACUGGUCUUGUUCUCGACGCUAUAUCUACCGAGCAAAUUCCGAUGGAAUCUGUCUCGAUAGAAAUUCUGAAAUACAGAGACAGAACUCGUCAGGAUAACCCAACGCAAUUUGGUAUCGCCACUUUUGGGAUCCCGACUUUUUCCCAGCUCAAGGAACUGAGCCUUGUGAUUCCGGAUGCCGAGUCAAAGACUAUCAAUUGGAUGGCAAAAACGAUCCAAAGUACCAAAUCUCUCCGAAAACUAGAGAUUCUUUUCAACUGGAAUUGCAAAUCGACUUCACUUCUCUCGCAGCUUACAUCGGUUGGAUGCUUGCCAGAACUACAAGACCUGACUUUUUCGCGGAUGUCAUUCGAGUCUUCGGCUGCUUUGGGGAUGUUCCUUUACAACAUUCGAAACUCUCUUCGCUUUAUCACGUUUUCUCGUGUGGAACUGGAAGCUGGAGGCUGGCGGUCCCUUCUCUAUGGGUUGAGUGGGGGUGUAUACCAACUUGACAGAUUGGUUUUGCAUCGUGUGUUAGAACCUAAUAUGUUCGUGAGCUUUCGGAAGGUUCCCGAAUACGCACUCAAAAAUACGUCCAUAGACAGGAGACUACUCCGUACGUACCAAAUGUGCUAUUUUGACCGGAUGGAUGUGGGCUUCGGCUACUCGGGUCCGAAUUUCAACGAUGUUAUACGGAGAGUGGCUGUUCUCGCAGAGUCACCUUAA